AAGGAUAAUGACUCAAGGCCACUCAGAAUGAUUUGAAUUGUGCCACGCGAACGGCAGUACGAUCGCCACCGACGACUAGAAAUGCAUUACACAUUUCCGGUUUAUUACGGUCAAUUCGUGGAUCUACUUUUUGAGUGGAAAAAAAGUAUAUUUUCAAAAGUAAUUAGUUGGAAAAAAAAAUCAAAAGAAAAAAAAAAAUCUCACCAGACUGUGCGGGAAAUUCGGAGAAUUCCUAAAUUUUGAAAAAUAUCAAAUUACGGAAAUGCGAAAGGCCUGCGAGGAGUAAUACAUCAAACUGUUAUAACCUUGUUACAUUGGGGACAUCUUACCAUCUGUUUCCUCCAAAAAUUUGUCAACUCUGUGUCUAUUUUGAGAUACGAAUUAUUCGAAGAACCUAAUACAUAGUUCACUAAAUUGUGAAUUUCAGUACGAUUUCGAAACUUCUGUAAAUCGUACAGCCUGCCAAACCGAUCCAGCAUCACUUCUUAUUACUAUACAUUAUACACGCUGCAUCGUAUCUGUAACAAUUUCAUUGAAAGGUUCUCUGGCGCAAAUAUCAAACGUCGUAACCUUAAGUCAAAGAAUUCAUCCUGUUAUAUUGAACGUCUACGUCUUGUCACUGUCUCUUCUGAAAAGAACUGAACCCAUAUGUAAAUGACAAAAUAACGAAAUUGUAACUGAUCUGAGACAAGAAAGUACAAUUCCGAUACAGAUAAUUAUAAAAUUGUCAAACUGGAGCCAAAGAUGUCAAAAUCACUAGAUAACAGCAAUACAGACAACGCUUGCGUUGUAUGUUUUAAAAAUGUUGAGAUUUACAGCAUUGGAAUGUGCGAACAUCCAGUUUGUCACGAUUGCAGUACUCGGAUGAGAGUUCUGUGUUGCCAGAAUGAGUGUCCUAUAUGCCGUCAAGACUUGCCAAAGGUUGUAUUUACCAGAGAAGUCAAGCCGUUCCGUCACUUGCGAAAAGGAAACCUUUUAGAUAAAAGAUACAACAUUUAUUUUGACGAUGAAGAUAUACAAGAGAGAUUCAUCAAGUUACUCGCACAUUCUUGUGACAUUUGCAAAGAGAGACAAGUAUUCAGUAACUUCAACAGCCUCAAGGAUCACAUGAGGAGAUUUCAUGAAUUACAUUAUUGCGAUCUGUGUGUUGAAAAUUUGAAGAUUUUCUCCCAUGAGAGACGGUGUUAUACAAGGUCAGACCUCGCCCAACAUCGAAGGAAAGGAGAUGUGGAUGAUAAAAGUCACAAGGGACAUCCGCUGUGCGAGUUUUGCGAUCAGCGUUAUAUGGACAAUGACGAAUUGUUCCGUCAUUUACGAAGAGAUCACUUGUACUGUCAUUUCUGCGACGCCGACGGAUUGCACCAGUAUUACAGCUCCUACGACUACCUCAGAGAUCACUUUAGGCUUGAGCAUUUCCUGUGCGAGGAGGGUCCUUGUGCGGAAGAAAAAUUCACCUGCGUAUUUAGAUCCGAUAUUGAUUUGAAAGCACACAAGGCUAGCAUUCAUGGUAAACAAAUGGGAAAAGCAGCUGCUAAACAGGCUAGGACUUUGGAGCUGGAAUUCACUUUAGCACCACGAGGUGAUAGCAGAAACAAUCGAAGGAUGCCGGGAAGUUCGUCAACAACUAGAAAUUCCAGGGAUCACAACAGUAACAGGGAUUACAAUAAUCGGGAAUAUAAUAACAGAGAUUAUCAGCAGGAAGCUGGGGCAGUUGGUGGAGUUGAUUAUUUUCUGACCACAAAUGAACCAACCUACGUAAGGCAACCUUCUGUUGAUGUUCAAAGCACUCAAGAGUUUCCUACGUUGGGCAACGCAACACCAGUGGUUCCGAGCCUAGGUCAAACAAAGGGCAGAGGAAACCUCACGAUACGAAGCACAGUGAGAUCCAAGACUUUGGAUGUAACUGACGAAAACUUUCCUGCUCUGGGUCCGGAGGCUUCUAGUGCCACCGGGACUAUUUCGAAAACUGUUAAUCUGAGUGUCUCUAGUUCGAACAAGCCUGGUCCAAGUACGCCGCAACGUCAACAGAGCGCUACUCCAAACGUAUCCAUUCAUGUCAAUCAUAAGCCAAAUGGUACUGUAACUACCAGAGUCUCGGGACCUAAUAUUAGAAUUCGGCCCGCUCAACUGUCACGAGAUUCUGAUUUUCCAGCAUUGGGAAAUCCUGAACCUAGUACAAACCUAAACACGGCGCAAUGGACGAAAGUUACCUGUACGAAGACACCACAAAAUGUUGUUCCCAAGUCUAAAAAAGUUGCACCACCACCGCUGGCACCUUCGCCUCCUAUAGCAUCCGGCAAAGAUUUUCCAAGUCUAUCCAAAUCAUCGAAAUCCAAAAAGCAAUCAAGUAUUUCUGUUGUACCAUCGACACCUGCAUGGGUUCAACCGCAGACAUCCGAAACGAACAGUGCGAAGGCUAUGAGUGAUUCUACUAAAGGAAAAACCAAAAAGAAAAAAGCUAAGCAGAUCUCAAAUAGUAAUAAUUCUAGCGGCAACGAAUCUAGCAGUUCAAAAUCCAAUUCAAACAAAGAUAGAGAAUCAUCUAAGAAUGCAGAGGAUAUGGUGAAAAGAGAAAACGGAGCAUUGAAAAAUUCGAUCGGUGAACCUAAGAAAGUUGAAGAAGUUAAACGUGGUGGUGGAAUGUCGAAAAGUAAAGCAGCAUCGGCAAUGGUCUCUGAGGAACUCAAGCAGGAUGAAGAGGUGCCUCAGAAAGAUAACGAGCAAUGUAAGAAAGAGAAAAAGAAAUCGAAAAAUGCUUCGCAAAUCAAUGCCAGCUCCAUGGACAACACAUUCGCCUCAGCCAAUUCAGCAAAUGGGAAUAGUAGUACAGUUAAUGCUCAGCCAAAUACGGUCCAGAGAAAACGAUCGGAGUUAAAAAUUGAUAGCCUGAAAUCAACAAACAAUAAUACCAAUUUUGAGGAUUUUCCAGCCUUAGGAUCUUUUCCAACUAGACCCCCAGGGUUUACAGAACCUCCCCCAGGUUUUGGAUCAGCUCCGCCACCUCCGCCAGGAUUCUUUGUCACACUUAAUAGUGUUCAACGUCCGCAAAGUAAUGGCUUGACCUUCACAAAUAGUUCAGGUCAAAGUUAUUCCAUUUUACCGAACAACGACAAGCAGCAAGAUAAAAACUACGAAUAUGUACCGCCUCCAGAUUUUUCCAAGAGAAAUAAAAAUCUAGUUGCCAAGGUCGGCGAAGAACUUGGUGUUUCAGAAGCGAUAGAAGAGUUUCGGUAUCUUAGCGGACUCUUCAGACAGGGUACUUGCAAUGCUCAAGAUUAUUACAGUCGUUGUCGCGACUCGAUGGGUAUGUCAGCAUUUGGAACGAUAUUUCCCGAACUUCUGGUUCUUUUGCCAGAUAUUAGCAAACAACAAGAAUUAUUCAAGGUACAUAAAAAAGAAUCUGGUUCAAAACUCAAAGGGUUAGACGUGUGUGCAACUUGUGCCCAAGUUGUAAAAAGCGGCUCUGACUUGAGAGCUCACUUAUCAAGUCACGCCCUGGAAAAUCAUUUCCCUGUUCUUGGAAAAGUAGCACCUAUCCAACAAAGUAACAGUUGGGUGAGAAAAUGAGAAAAUGAAAAUCUCAUAUGUGCAAACAUCAUAAAGAACCUGUAGAUUAUUGUAAGAUUGUUUAAAAGAUGAAUGCACAACCCUGCAGUUUAUUUGAUCUUAACAUGCGCUCGAUUUUUGGAUAUUGCUAAUUCUAGUCUAUCGAAAUUUUAACACCAUACAUAAGAUGCACUACUCAAAUUUUCUAAAAUAUUCAUACAAUAAAAAUGAAAAUGGUUCAUGGAAUAUGGAUAAAUUUCAUAUUUUCUCACUUGUUCUGAAAAUACACGGAGCCGACAUUUAAUUGAAAGUUCAUUGAGCAUUGUGCAGCUUUUAGCAAUAACUAUAAGAAUUUCGUUAUCAAGAUAUUAAGUAAAAGCUCAAUCAACAACUAUAGAUG